AUGAAGCUUAAGGUCGAGGACCCCAUUAAGAAGAGCAUUGCCAAUGCAAAGAGGAAUAAAAGGCGACGGGAUAGAGCAAAGCAGCUUCGGAAUGCCCAGCCCCCGAGCCUUUCGACAAACGUAGCUGUCCCAAGUGCCAAUGCGCAAGAGGCGCCGGUGAACAUUGAUAACGACGCGACCUAUGAGCUCGAAGAUUUUGAUCCGAUUCACCGUGAAGACGCUGGCGACGUGGAAGCAUCGGAAGAUGCUGACGGUUUCAGCGCAGCCGAGGAGGAACCAGAACCAGAGCCCGGACCAGAGUCCACGUUAGCACAAGAUGUGCGGGAAGCGUACGUGCGUGACUUUGCAGCAGCCGCGGAGAGCCGGACUUGCUUUCUGAACAGCAGCGCUGGCGUACUUCGCAGCCUGGCGGGAAGCAGACCUGAGGCGUGCCCCCGGUGCGCCGUGCGCUCCCCCGAAGGGGGACGGACCUGCCCUGUGACCAUCAUUACUUGGGAGCAACCCAUAUGCGUAGAUGUCCCUGUGUGCUGGUGCACACCCUGUCGGGCGUUUCAUAACAUGCGUCCCACAGAGUUCAACUGCCUACCCGACGCUAAGGCUGGGUGGGACCUCCACCUCCAGCGAGACGGCCAGCAUGUUCUCUGGUGGCACCAGUCGCUCCUGCAGCUGUUCGACCUUGUGUCAUUCAGGAGCAGGCACCUGAGUGCGGACGCGUUCUGCUCUGCACUCCUUGACACCUGGGAGCAAAAUGGCAUCCGCCGUCCAGUUUCUGUUUCGGCAACCACACUUCGUAAACGCCUUCGGCAAGCACUCCUCCUGUACAUGGACUGCCAGGGCGUCGUGGAUGACUACCCGGAGGGCACACUUAGCACCUGGCCCCGUGGAGCUCUGAAUGGGUGCCCUUGUUGUGGGGACACUCUCAGGUGCAGCAGUGCAGUGAAUGGUGCGGCCGCAGCCGCCCCAGCCCCUGUUACAGGUGCCGCAUCGCCGGGGGUCGUGGGAGAAGCAGCAGCAGUGGAGGGGCCGGAUCCUGGACUGGAGCGCACAGAGGUGGCGGCAGCAGGCAGCCCUGCCGCCACUGAGGGCAAUCCCGUCCCCCCAGUCCCGUCAGCCGGCGCAGCAGCCCCAGAAACCAUGGCGGCAGCGGUGUCCACGGGCGCUGAAGUGCUAGGGGCGGCAGUGCUCGCGUCGACUGACUGGCUGCUUCGGGACACCUGCAGCCCCGAAGCCGCAGGGCCUGGCCCCACGAGCUUGCACUCGGUACAUUUCGAUGCCUGCUUUAAGCUAAACCUGCUGUCCCAUAAGGGCUACGUUUCUGGCUACACACAGCUAGGACGGCGCCGUUACUUCUUGCCCAACGCAUCGAUACAGCAGGUGCUUUUGGACGGUCAUGCGUCACAGCAGAUUGGUGUGACGCACUGCUCGAACUUCGAUGCUGACAAGGUCCUGGCUGCGGAAUCAAGGAAGAACCUCAUCACGGCUGUCGGUGUCGCGUUAUGCCGGCAUGGGAUGCUCCUGCGGCUCAUGAACCUCUUCAGUGGGGAGCGGCACGCAUACUCCACUGCUGCAGCGCUGUCCUUCCUUGCAGCUGGCACCGCUGUACAGUACUGGUGGUACGAUAUCGCGUGCAGAUGGGGCAAGUCAUACGCCAAGUGGCUGGAACGCCAGACGCCGGACCUGCAGCGGCUGGGCAGAGGCAUGCGCCCACUCAUUCCUCCCUGGCACCGAUAUGCUCACAGUUACGCAUGCCAGAAAGCGUUUGGGCACCUUGGGGUGCACGGUGUGGGACAGGGGACGGGCGAGCCAGCAGAGAUAUUCAACAGUGUGGCCGGUCCGCAUGGCCGUAUCACACAAUACAUGAACCCUGUCACUAGGGAAGCGCACUUGGAGCGCGUGGCGCGGCUGUACUGCAGGGAUGUCGUAAGGGAUUUACCGGCAAGGUUGUGGCGAAUGCGGACUCGGGCUGAAGCUGCCCUGGACAGUGCCAGACACCGCAUCCGUGUCCUUGGGGCCGCGUUGGAGCAGAAGGGCGGUGAUGCAGCUGUGGUACAGCAGUCCCUCCAGCAGCAGCCUCGGCAGCUGGAAGCAGCUGACGUGGUGCCUGCCAGCCCAGAGGCUGAGUAUGCUCGCUGCCGGCUCGCUCUUCAGAAGCUGCAGCGGGAGGACACCCUCGAUGCCAGCUCUGAUGCGGUGCGGCUUGGGUUGCUCUUCCCUGGUGCUGACUCUGUGCCGGUUAGGCAGCGCCCAGCCCUUAUCCGUACAAUAAAAACCCAGGCUGCCGAUCUUGAGAAGGCCCAUGCCUAUGACCCCGCUGCCUGGGGACCUGAGUCCGAGCUUAUGAGUGCAGCACUGGGGAGCCUGGCGAAGAGAGAGCUGCGGAAGCUUUUUGCGGAGGUGGAGGAUGCCGUAGCCGACAUGCAUGCCCUGGAGCACGUGGUACGGCGACUCAGCGGGCGGCGGCAUCAGCAGCAGCUGGCCAUUAAGGAGAAAAGAUGCACCCACGGGCUUGUCACAGUCCCACACAGCCCUAUGGCACUGAUCGGCUCGGUAACCCAUCAGUUACCCACCUUCAACCCCCCGUAG